UUUUGGAGGCAUGUAAAAAAAAAAAGCUAUUAAAGUACAGAUUAAUAUCUCUGACUUAAUACAGGUUUAGUGGAGAGCAGGAUUUAAGUAAUAAGAUCAUAAUCCAUUGAAUUAUUGCACAACAGUAGUAUUAUUACACAAGUGCAAGUAUAUUUGUUUAAACCUUACAUACUUUGAAUAGAAAAUUUCCCCAUAUGUUUUUUUUACAACUACAAGUACAGAAUUACAAUAUGCAAUAAUAUUUUAUUCUACUGUUAAUACUGUUUUAUUGUACAACUCCUGCAAACUCCAACUUUGUGGCACGGCACGCUCAAACUUUUUCCUCCAAUCACAAAGCUCAAAGGAAUAAUUACGUAAUCCUUCUGUACUCAUAAGCCCCGCCCAUUUCCUUUGAGGGGGGGGAGAAAAGUGGUCAGCUAUUUUUUUUUUUUGCUGACAUCUUCGUGUUUUUAGCUGUUAGCCGUUACUGCUAAGUAAAUUUACAGGUUCCUACCGAAAUAAAAGUCUUUACACCAAUUGCCCGAGCUUCACGCUGUGAACAAGAACAGUCCCACUUCAUUGAGAAGUUACUAUGGAAGAAGUACAGCAGGGCAGCAAUGGCACUGAGUCACAGACUGCAACCAUUCCCACUACCAUCACAUCCUCUCAGUUCUCACAGAUAGCGCAGCAGAUGUCAUUGGGAGGCUCUUCUGUGACUGUUGUGCAACUGCCUGGGGGUCAGUUUCAGGUUCAGGGAGUGAUCCAGUCUGCACAGUCAUCAGUCAUUCAGUCCCCUCAAGCACAGAGUGCAACGGCCCAGGGUAGUGAUAGUGAAGAUUCACAAGACUCCUCAGAUAGUGGAACAACAACCCAGAAGACCAGAGAAAUACUGGCAAGGCGGCCGUCAUACAGAAAGAUCUUCAAUGACCUUUCAUCUGAGGAAACAACACACAUAGAAAGACAGGAUAGCAGCCCAGCAUCCACAGGAAUGACAGGUGUUACUGUACAAAGCACACCAAUCUACCAGACCAGCACCGGCCAGUACAUUACCAUUGGUGCUAAUGGCACAAUCCAGCUGGCAUCUCCAGGAUCUGAAGGCAUUCAGGGUCUACAGGCCGUCACUAUGGCCAACGCUGGUGGAGCACAAGGCGCUACCAUCCUUCAGUAUGCCCAAACACCCGAUGGUCAGCAGAUACUCGUGCCUAGCAACCAAGUAGUAGUACAAGGUGCCGGAGGAGAGGUGCAGACGUACCAGAUUCGGACAGCACCCACAUCUGCCUCCCUUCCCCAGACUGUUGUGAUGAGCUCUCCUGUUGGACUGUCCCAGACUAAAACUGAUGAUCCAACACUAAAGAGGGAAAUCAGGCUUGCAAAAAACAGGGAAGCUGCUCGCGAAUGUCGGCGGAAGAAAAAGGAAUAUGUUAAAUGCCUGGAAAACCGUGUUGCAGUUCUGGAGAACCAAAACAAGACAUUGAUUGAAGAACUGAAAACAUUAAAGGAUCUUUACUGCGUUAAAACAGGAUAAACUUUUUCAAUCCAUAUUGAGGCGGUGUGAAAUGACACAGCUCUCAUUCAUUUGGACAAGUCUGGGUUUCUGGGAACACUUCAUUUCAGGCUGAAAGCCUCAAGUCUUUUUUUUUUUUACUCUGAUAUAAAGUGACUUUUGGCAGUGAGAUUUACUGGACAAAUUUACAAUUUUUCCAACUGCUGUUUUUUUAAGCAAAGAAAAAAAAUGCUAACACUAUAACAUUUAUAGUUGUGUACAUUUUUAAUACUGGGAGGUUUGAAAUUGUGAGCUUUAACGUUGAGUCUCAGUUUCCAAAUGUAUCCCUUUCCUAUUUUCUUGUGUUUUUAAACUUGUUGCUAUUGGAGUUAAUUGACCAGCAUCUAAAGAAUAUUGACUGUAUAAAUAUCACAAAGAUGCAAUUUCUUUUAAUUAUGUGAACCAGCAAUUCCCCUCUUUUCCCUUUUUAAAAAGAUGUUACAACUGUCAUUCCUUAUAUUUGUGCAAUGGAGUAUAAAGGGUAUCAGAAAUAUUAAAUGUGGUUUGGUUGUUACUUGGCAGUUAUUUUGACAAUCAGGGAAAAAGCACAUAGUCCAGGUAAUAUUUAUUUGUACAUCUUGGGAGGAGUGAGAAAGAACAAACAGUAUAUGAAAUGUUGCUGAUUCGGUGAGUAAAUAAAUAUAUUUUCUCUCAGUA